GGAAAGAAGGAAGACAGAGGGAGAAAGGAAAGGAAGGAAAGAAAGAAAACAGAAGGAAGGAAGGAAGGAUAGAUCUGGAAAUUCUCCAAGUUUAGUCGGAGAGCAGCCAGCCAGGAAGAAGUCUGGGCGCCCCGAAGAAGAGAAAGCAAAAGCCGCCGGCUGUGCCUCCUCCUCCUCCUCCUCCUCCUCUCCCGGCUGGCGCCCGCCUCGCCUCGCCCGGCCGCCGGCUCCCUCGGCUCCGCCGCCGCCAUGGCCCAGGAGAACGGCGAGGAGCGCGGCUCGUCCUGGAAGAAACCCGCCGAGGACAUCGGCCGCAUCUUCGCCUUCAAGGAGACCCUGGGGACUGGUGCAUUUUCUGAAGUCGUCCUGGCUGAAAACAGGAGCAGUGGAAAGCUCUUUGCAGUGAAGUGCAUCCCCAAGAAAGCCCUGAAAGGGAAGGAAAGCAGCAUAGAAAACGAAAUUGCCGUUCUUCGAAAGAUCAAGCAUGAAAAUAUUGUGGCCCUGGAAGACAUUUACGAGAGUUCAAGCCAUCUGUAUCUGGUUAUGCAAUUAGUGUCUGGAGGUGAACUAUUUGACCGCAUCGUAGAGAAAGGAUUUUAUACUGAAAAGGACGCCAGCACUCUGAUACGACAAGUCUUGGAUGCUGUCUAUUAUCUUCACCGGAUGGGCAUUGUUCACAGAGACCUCAAGCCUGAAAAUCUGCUAUACUACAGCCAGGAUGAAGACUCUAAAAUCAUGAUCAGUGAUUUUGGAUUGUCCAAAAUGGAGGGGAAAGGGGAUGUCAUGUCCACAGCCUGUGGUACCCCAGGAUACGUUGCUCCUGAAGUCCUUGCCCAGAAACCCUACAGCAAAGCAGUAGACUGCUGGUCCAUUGGAGUGAUUGCCUAUAUUCUGCUCUGUGGCUACCCUCCAUUCUAUGACGAAAAUGACUCCAAGCUGUUUGAGCAAAUUCUGAAAGCAGAAUAUGAAUUUGACUCUCCCUAUUGGGACGAUAUCUCUGAAUCUGCGAAAGAUUUUAUUCGGAACCUGAUGGAGAAAGAUCCCAAUAAAAGAUAUACCUGCGAACAGGCUGCCCGUCACCCAUGGAUCGCCGGUGACACAGCCCUCAACAAAAAUAUCCACGAGUCUGUCAGCGCUCAGAUUCGCAAGAAUUUUGCAAAAAGCAAAUGGAGACAAGCUUUUAACGCCACCGCCGUGGUGAGGCACAUGCGGCGGUUACAUCUUGGCAGCAGUUUGGAUAGUGGCUCCAACAUUAGUGUAUCUAACAAUGUUAGUCUGGCCAACCCGCUCCCAGAUGGCGCAUCCAGAAAAGAGUGUAUUUCCUCAUCUACUCACUGUAGUUUUGCUUCUUCAGCUUCACCCAGUAUUUCUUCUGGAGGAGAGAGGAGGCCCCGACAGACCACGAUAACCACAACCACAAUACACACAACGACCAAGUGAUCCAGGUCAUCUCGCAAUCCCCACACCCAACAAGGAAGAUGUCAGAGAUGGGAGGAAGGACCCCAUCUCGGUGCCCAAACAGGCAGGGAAGGAAACUUUCUCCCAGGUGACUUCAUCCUGCAUUGUAAACACAUCGAAGCAUUACAAGAAUAGAAGGAUUUAAACAACACACACACACAAAAUAAAUGGCCAUAUUUUAUACUGCGAUACUGAAAAGUUGCGUUCGUCGCAAACGGAAGUGACUUUCAGGAGGAUGGAGAGGAGAACACCACCUGGUUCUGGGUCCAGGAAUCCAAAAUGUUCUGACUUAUGUUGGACCUCAAUGAUUUAACUCAGCUCUCAGUGUUAACCUGCUUUGGUUUAUCAUUAACAAAAUAGUUCAACUGGAUUAUUUAGACAUUAUUUUUUUUCCCGUUGUAUUUUUUGUAUUUUCAGCUUUGUUGGGUUUUUUUUUCCUCUUGGUUCCUCCCCCCCCCCCCCCCCCCAGAAUACAAAGAAGGUUGCAUUAAUCUUUCAAAUCAGGAAGGCUUUCGCGGUGUGUUUUAUAUGUACAUAUAUGUACCUAUUUUUCUUAAACUCCCUAACUCUGGACUGCAGACUUGUCUGGGUCUUGCAAUGACGUCGAAAACGAACUGUUUUUGCAUCCUAUUUUGUCAAGAAUAUGGGAACAGGCUCUUGUUUCCUUCCAGUCUCAUGGAAGGGGAAGGUUUCAUAGGUUGAAUUUAAGGAUAAGUUUCUGUGUUAAUCACAGAAGUAAUGUUUUAUUCUCUGUUUGUAUUCGCACCAGACUCAUUUUCACGGGCUCUAAAAUGGGGCUUUCAAAAUUUCCUUGUGUGGUUUUUCCCCCCCUUUUCAAUUGAAUUGAGGAGAGAGGAAGGAAAACCCUAUAAAAACUUUAUUAUGGCCAAAGACCAGCAUAUUCCAUAUAGCAUAAAAAGGGAUAUGGAAGUAUAAAAUGACUGUAGAAAAAGCAAAGAAUGAAACAGUGUGGAGCUAGGGAAGUUCAUAAACACAUCAGAAUAGACACAUCAGGAAAUCAAUGUACUGUAAACGACUUUGGUGUGAUUCUUUCUACUAAAAUAUGGAAUCAUUUGUUUUUAAAUCGAGUUUCCUAAGCAAAGGAGCUGGACAACCU